UGGCGAGGCGGCGGCGGCGGCGUUGCGUGGAGCCCCCGUCCUAAUGGCGGCGCUGAAGUACGCGGGGCUGGAGGACACGGACAGCGAGGAGGAGCUGCCGCCCGGCUGGGAGGAGCGGACCACCAAGGACGGCUGGGUUUACUACGCCAAUCAUCUUGAAGAAAAAACACAGUGGGAGCAUCCUAAAUCUGGAAAGAGGAAACGUGUUGCAGGAGGUCUGCCGUAUGGAUGGGAGCAGGAGACUGAUGAAAGUGGACAAGUCUAUUUUGUGGACCACAUAAACAAAAGGACUACUUACCUUGACCCAAGAUUGGCAUUUACAGUUGAAGAUAAUCCAGUAAAACCUACUACUAGACAAAAAUACGAUGGAAACAGUACUGCAAUGGAAAUACUUCAGGGUUGUGACUUGAGUGGAAAAGUGGUUAUAAUCACUGGAGCAAAUUCAGGAAUAGGUUUUGAAACUGCAAAGUCUUUUGCACUGCAUGGGGCUUACGUUAUCCUGGCCUGCAGAAACAUGUCAAGAGGCAAUGAUGCUGUACAGCGCAUCCUUACGGAGUGGCAUAAAGCCAAGGUGGAAGCAAUGACCUUAGACCUUGCUUCUCUUCACAGUGUGCAGUGCUUUGCUGAAGCAUUCAAGUCCAAGAAUGUGCCUCUUCACAUACUGGUCUGCAAUGCUGCCAUUUUUGGUGCUCCAUGGUGCUUAACAGAAGAUGAGCUGGAGUCCACCUUCCAGGUGAAUCAUUUGGGGCAUUUUUAUCUUGUCCAGCUCCUUGAAGAAGUUCUACGCCGUUCAUCUCCUGCAAGAGUAGUUGUGGUAUCCUCAGAAUCACACAGAUUUACAGACAUUAAAGACUCCUCUGGAAAACUUGAUUUCAGCCUGCUUUCUCCAUCUAAGAAGGAGUAUUGGGCUAUGCUGGCCUACAAUCGUUCCAAGCUUUGCAAUAUACUGUUCUCCAAUGAGCUGAACCGACGCCUUUCUCCCUACGGGGUGACGUCUAAUGCCGUCCAUCCUGGAAAUAUGAUGUACUCCUCGAUUCAUCGGAACUGGUGGGUGUAUACCCUGUUGUUUACCUUGGCUCGACCUUUCACCAAAUCCAUGGUAAAUGAGGAGCGUGACUGGCCCCUCCGUCUCGACUGAGGUGUUCGUAUGAUGGGAGGUUCUUCAUUUUCAAAAUCUGCACGGUGUUUCUUCACUAAAUAGAUCUCUGUUACACUCACCUCAGCAACAUUAGGGAACUGUAGUUUAUUUUCUGUGCUUUUUUAUUGCAUUUACUGUGUUUGCUGCGUAGCAGGCAUUUUCACAUGCAGCUAAGAAAUCCUCACAGUUUUGUGACGCUCUCCCCGCACUGCGGCGCAAAGUCUGCUUUCGCAGCGCUGCGGUUCAGCGCCUCCGGCCCGUCUCCGCCUCUGCGCGGUACGCCCCGUCCUGCGCGCACACGCGCGUGCGCCCCGUCCACGGCCCCUUCCGGAAAACCUGCCGAAGAGCCCGCCGCAAAGGGGUGCGUGAUCGUCGGUGCUGCGUCACUUGUUUGUACGUCAUGCAGAAGGCUUUUCAGAUAUUUUAAUUGUCAUGUUAAGAUUUCAGAUCUAAAACCAUCGUGAUUGAACAAACAGGCUUUUAGUUAAUUUAAGUUGGAAUAAAAGUGAGCGUUUCAAAGCUGUAUGAUGGGAAUAGCUCAUAAAUGAAGCAUUUUUCCCCUUAGGGAUAUAAUCAGAAUGCAGAAAAAUCCCUAUAGAGAAGACCUUCAUAAAUUAGAAAAAAAAAUUGCUAAACAGAAGCAUCGUAU